CUUCCAGUCGCAAACCAGUCCGGCGACACUCUAGACCUCCGGCAAAGUCAUUUGGCACCUGCUCCAGACCUGCAAUACCUCCAGUCGCUCCACUCCGGCGCUCAACCUCCAGUUGCUCCUCUCCGGCGUCAUCUCCAGCGUCUCGGCCAAUCCAAUCCGGCAGCAGUCCAGUCCGGCGGCGCUACAGUCGGACCCCCGUAGCCCUCAGAAGCUCUCGGCUCCACUCUCGGCACAGAAGCUCUCGGCCCCGUAGCCCUCCAGUUGCUUCUCUCUGUGAUGUCGAAUCGUGAGGAAGUUACCUCUCAAAAUAUUGGGCCUCACUCAACCCAGCCCAAUGAAGUUACUUUCUUCAAUCACAUUGAUAUUCCAAAUAUGGCUGUCGACCGUAGUAUUUCUCCGAUAAGAUUUUGGACAGAUAAGGAAACCAAGCAAGUGAAGACUUAUGUCUUUGACAAUGGAGGUUAUAGUGGCUGCAAAAGAGUCUGUGUUAUUGACGAACUUCAUGAACCCCCUGAAAUGGAUCCAAGUGAGGACUCUGCAGUGAAAGAGGUUGUUAAUUUUUUUAAGCAUGAAGGAUAUGAAAGUGUAUUCUCAAAUGGAUUCAAUGAUGGCCGUGGUUGGCAGAUUACCUGAGAAAAUCAGGGAUAUAAUUGCAAGUGAGGUUAAGCACCUUAAUUUCAACACUGCGGUGGUGGAUGCCCCUCGAAAGGAGGGCUUUAUGGGUGCGAAAGAGAAUGAUGGAAAUGUUAUGCCUUAAGUACGAGUAGAACAUAUAAUGGAUUUGACCAAUCUUUAUGAUGAUGUCAAUGUUUUGGGCGAUCAUUUUAAACAACCAAAAGAACAACACAAGUGGGGGAUCAUUGGUUAUGACAAUUUUCGGUCACACGAAGGGAUCGUGAUUGGCACUUUCAAGCUUUCCAUGGUCGUAUCAAUGCAGAUAUUCAAAUUGGCUGAGUGCAUCUACAACCCUACCCUUCAAGACAUCUAUAUAGUGUAUGAUUAUGGGGAUCUUCUAUUGGAUCCUGUAUGCAUGAGGUCACUUAAGCCUGAGAAAAUGGUGUGGGGAGAGCAAAAAUAUCUUGGUGAUGAUUUCCCAUUUUGUCGGGCAGCUUAUAAAAACAAAUGGAAGCAACAUUACUAUGGUGAUUUUUGUAGAUGUCACAAGCUGGCCACGCUGGAUGCAUUGUUCAAAUUUGAUAUUUGUGGGACUCAAGUUUUACAUUCACAACAUUUACAAUUGGUUUUGAAAGUGGCUUGCCCCAACAAGAAAAUGACUUUGACUUCGAGAUUGCUGUUUUAAAGUACAUGGAAGUGUUAGGAGAUGGGGAUGACAUUGUGUAUGAGUCUUACAGGAGCUGAAUAAAAGUAUGGAGCAAGUUGUGAGGGAAAGCGAGGACCAUUUUCAGUUUUUAUUUGGUUCCUCAAGUGAGGCGACUGAGGUCUAUUCAAUGGGAAAAUAUGUGUCUGAACGGGAAUCAAUUCGCAGUCCAAGUUGGGACAGCCGUGACAAGUGGUACUCAACAAAGAAAGCAAAGCAGGCCAACAUUAUACCCGCUAUUUCACCUCCGACACGAAGUUCUGUAAAAUACGCUGUUGCACGUAAGCUGAAUGUUGGGGAUACUAGUCCUUAAGAGUUUGCAUUUAUGAAUUUUUGUUCCUUUGAUUUUGAGACAUGGAUUGUAUAGUUUUCCUUUUUGUUUGCUGAAUACCACUGAUUAACCUUAUUGGUGGAAACCUACCUCUUUUGGGACAAUGUUUCUCUUACAUCAACUUAGUUAUGUGACAGUGUUUCACUUACAUUAACUUAGUUUAGUUUUUUUUAUUUUCA